GUAGACGUUCAUUUCGGAGGUGCUGUAAACGUUAACGGUUACCUGUCAUCAUGUGGACAUCAGCAGCUUUCGCACGGAGUUAACUCUCAUACAUUUGGGAAAAUGUGGUUUGCAAACUUCACAAAUCAGUUGAUAAAGUACCACAAAGAAAACAAACCAAGGGACGAGUAUCAGAAUACGUGACGUUUGAUCGGCUGAAGAUGGAGAGGAGCGGAACAGAGCGGACAGCGCUGCGGCGCUUCGGGGACAGCGGGAUGAUGCUGCUGCCCUGGACCAAACAGAUACUGUGUGUGGUGUGGGACCACUUACGACUGCUGGUCCAGAUCAUCUGCUGCACUUUUAUGACGGUUUUCCAGAUGUUCAGGUUUGAAGUCCAUCUGAGAAUUACAAACGAGACAGGGCAACACAUUCAGCAUAUGACAAGUGGGUCAGGGGACCCCUCUGACAGUUUCCUGCUCUCCUCUUUGUUUGAAACCAACAAAAACAUGGUGGUCGGCAGUUCUGGUUCGCUUUCAAAAUUUGCCAGGGACCCCUUUGACGUAAGCUCUCAUUCCAGGGCCGUCCUAUCCAGUCUGGUCAACGAUGAGCUCUGCUGCUCUUUGGUGGAUGACUUUGUGUCCCACGCAACAGAGUGUCUCACAGACAGUGAAGACCUCUACAUUGGAGAUCACUCCAUGUGGAAACAUGGAUAUGACUGGAGUGUAUUAGGAGGUUCGGAGAGGAAAUGCGGAGAGAGCAGGUGCUCUCCAGUGUCUUUCGCUGCAUGUGUGUCAGGAUUUUCAGCAAAGGAGAUUGGAAAGCCAGAGAAACCCAUCAAUGAUCCUAGCUCAUGUAGAUCAUCUAUAGAGGAUGUUCAAGGACCAGGUCAAUUGAAGUCAGUAGGUCAAUUUUCAGACAGUGAGUUCAGCUGGGGUAGCACAGACAGUUCCUGCUUAGAAGGAGAGAGAGAUGAAAGUGACAGACUCUGGGAGCUUCUGACCAGCUCUUCGGAUCCAUAUCACCCCCUGCGCUUUACUGCAUGUUUGUCCAGUGCCGUUACAGAAAAAAGCAAAGCAGAAGUUGUUUCACAGCCAGUUAAAAAGUCUGAAAGUCCCACUGCGUCGCAGUCCACUGCAUCUACAGGCUCUGACUCUUCAAAACCAGGUUCUGAAGAUGAAGAAGAAGAAGCCUUAUGGAGGUCCCUCUCUCAGAAUCAUGACCCCUAUCACCCACUGAAUUUCAGAGCCACUCUUCAGAGCUCACCUGCUACCCCGACAGCUUUGAAGCACUGUUCUGGUCCACCCAGCCAAAACAUGCAAAGUUCGGCAGUCAGAAACUUAAAAUCUUCAAGGUGCACAAAGCCCCCUGUACUGCAAAGGAAUGUUGCUCGCCAUUGCUGCCACACAUUUUCUGUCAAUACAUUAUCUGUGGUGCCAUGGAGAAGGCAUGCUGGUCAGACAGCUAAACGGUGCAACCAGAGUAAAUGUCCUACUUUGAAGAAGGUCAAAUUUUCUCCCAUUGUGCAAGUUCAUAAGAUGCAAGCUUGGUCAUUUGCCCUUCAUGCAUCUCGUAAGGGACUGUGGGAGGAGCUCGCCCGGGAUAGAGACCGCUUCCGAAAAAGAAUCAGUGAGACUGAGAAGGCCAUUGGCUAUUGUUUUAGUCCACAACACAGGGAAAAGCUUUGGGCUUAUAAGGACAGCAUACAGAUGAAGUAACUGGUUCUUGAUCUGCAUAAAAGUCUUAAGAAUCCUGAUUGUUAUCAUUGAUCAUAUAGUUCCAAGACUGUUAAUUUGACUUAUAUUGACAGUUUUACCUCACAUUUUUCCUUCACUGCAACUGAAUGUGAACCAUGUUUUUGCUAUGCCUUACAAUGUAACUAAUGUGAUUACAAAUAUUUAUUUUUUAACACAAAUAUUAGGUAUAUAUUAGAAUAGUAGACAUGUUUUUAUAUUUUCACUUAAAGGCAUAGUUCACCCAAAAAUGAAAAUUCUCUCAUCAUUCACUCAGAUCUGUAUGAAUUUCUUUCUUCUUCAGAACACAAACAAAGAUUUUUUAGAAGAACAUCUCAGCUCUGUAGGUCCAUACAAUGCAAGUGAAUGGUUACCAAAACUUUGAAGCUCCAAAAAGCACAUAAAGGCAAAAUAAAAGGAAAACACAUUACUCCAGUGGUUAAAUGUCUUCUGAAGUGAUCUAAUUGGUUUUGGGUGAGAACAGACCAAAAUUUCACUCCUUUUUCACUAUAAAUUUUGACAUCAACAGUCUCCUUGGCGAUAAUGAUUUCAAGCUCAAUUACACUUUAGUAACAAGUGUAAUAGAACUUGGAAACGUGAAUGUGACUAGAGACUGCAAAGGCAAGAUGUACAGGACAAAAGGAGUUAUAUUUUUGGCCUGUCCUCACCCAAAACUGAGUGGAUUGUUUCAGAAGAUGGAUUAAACCACUGUAGUCUAAUGGAUUACUUUUAUGCUGCCUUUACUUGCUUUUUUCAAAGUUUUGGUCACCAUUCACUUGCAUUGUAUGGAGCACAUUGUUCUACAAAUAUUUCUGUUAUGCAGAAGAAAGAAAGUCAAACACAUCUGGGGUGGCAUGGGGUGAGUUUUCGUUUUUGGGUGAACUAUUCCUUUAACACCACUGAAGUAGGAUUUUUUUUGUUUUGAAUUAUUUUAGUGUAAGGAAAUGCAUAAGAGCAAAAAAGGUAAUAAUGGCAAGUUACAAUGCACUACAAUGUUUACAUUUUUAUAUAUAAUUGUUCAGUUUAUGUUGAGUUUUCCUCUAGAAAGUCACAUUCUACACCAUAUGUUCUUAAUUUAGAUCAAGAACAAAUACUAUUACCAGAUAUUUGCUGAUUUUGUCUUCAUUAAUAAUUGCAAUUUGUACUUGGGGCUAAAUUACAUGGCACUAAACAUGUUAUUUGAAAUACCUUUCGUUCGCUUUACAGCAAUUGUUUGCUUUUUUUUUACAUUUUAAACUUUAUUGCGCUUCAUAUUGUAAUUAUCUCUCCUCACAUCGUUGGAUGUACAAUUUGUUUGUUUGAACACUGUGUCCUGGCUCGUUUGAUUUGGUUGCGUCUUACUAGUUCAUUGUGUCUCAGACUCUGACACUGACUGUAUGUAGCCUCAUGCAGAGGUAGAGAUUUCCUGUGAGACUGCUGUGUGCAGCCUUUGCAUGAGAGGGGUUAAAAAACAAAGCGUGAUGAAAUUCUGUCCCUUGAGGAGAAAUCAAUUAACAUCAGCGGCAACACAAACUUGCAUGGUGCAAAGACAAGCAAUCAUUUACACAAUCUUUCAUGCUGGCUGCAGCAACAGAUUUCAAGUCUUGCUAAUAUAAUUAUCCUUUGUCCUUGAGCCACAGAUAAUAGUUGUCUUUUCUGAACACCUCCCUGUCUGCUCAUGUUAUGGGAUAAUGUAUAGGUGAGCGUAUGCUAUUGUGAAAGACACUGGGUGGGCCUGUUUUUCCACUGGCUGCUGUUACAGAAUAUGGCAGUAACAUGAUAACUCACUGGUUGUUCUUUCAGGGUCAGCUUAGAAAUCAACUGAUCUGAGAGUAGAUUGAGGGUGAGGUUAUUAGCUGGAUGCAUGAUGGUGGUGCUGCUAUGGUGUCUUCCUCUCCUAAGGUGCCUUCACCCUGGUGACCCUGGUCUCUAGGCAACAGAACACAGCAUUGUGAGAGGAUUGCAUAUGAUUGCAGCAGUGGCUGGUGUGUUGUGGGAGGGCAGCCAGAACAGCCCCAGACUCUAUUACUCAUCCUGGAGAGUCCAAAGCUUGAUAAGGUGGAUCUCUGGAGUCACAAUUACAAAGCACAGACUGCCUGAUGCAAUAGAGUAGUCAGCAGCCACAAUGUAAGAGACAAGAAAAUAAAAAUUAAAUAAAAAAGAGGGCAGAACAGUCACGGCUCACAUUUCAGAGAGAAUCUCUGCAUACCAGCAUCAGUUCUGAACUAGUGAGAUUGCACUGACUGAGGUGUUAACAAUAAAGCAAAGACUGAAUUUCACAAGUGAGUACACAUACACGUCAAUAAUGUGCAUGGUCAUUGUAUGUGGUGAUAAAAAAUCUGACUACUGAGCUUAUGCUUCCCUGUCUGAUGUGAUAUGUAGAAAUAUUGAAAUAUGUUAAGUAGUUACAACAGCUUCACAGAGCCAUUUUGUGCAUAUGAGUGAGAGGUCUGCUCAAAUAUAUUUGCCUCUCGAUAUCAUUAAUUACUUUUUUGCAUUUCCUAGAACCUUCCUGUUAUAAAUGGUUUAAAUACUUUUAUGUAAACCUGAAAUAUAUUUAAGUUGGGCUCACAAGUAUUUCUGCUUUGUUUUGAGUAUUAGUGGGAAUCUUUUAAUAGAGAAAUAUAAAUGUAUAUGAAGUUUUUCAUAUGUGUUGACAUUGGUUGACAAACUCAUUGUUAUCACUUAUUCAAUUGUGUUUUAAUUAGUUAUAUUAUUUACGAAUA